AUGCUUGCAAGAAAUGCCGUUCUUGCCAGCCGACGAUGCUUUGCGACGUCCAAAACACCUGAUCUUGAAAUCGACAAUUUGGUCGUAGGCGCUGGCGUGGUUGGCUUGGCCAUUGGCGAAAAACUGACCGCCACACGACCAUCAGAAACGACCAUCGUCAUUGACAAGAAUAAGCGCAUUGGAGAGGAAACAAGUUCCCGGAACAGUGAAGUAAUUCACGCUGGUAUUUAUUAUCCCAAAGAUAGUUUGAAAACGGCGCUGUGCAUUCGCGGCAAGGGCAUGUUGUACCAGUUACUGUCCGAGAAGUCCAUGCCAUACCGCAAGGUGGGCAAGUGGGUGGUGGCUCAGUCCGAGGAACAGCAUGCGUAUCUGGAAACUAUGCAUCAAAAAGCUGCCAACUUGGGUGUCGAGACAUAUUUCCUUUCCAAAGAUCAAGCCGCCAAAGAGGAACCCAAUAUUCGUGCUCAAUCCGUCCUUGUAUCGCCAUCCACGGGAAUUAUCGACUCACACGCUUUUAUGGACUACUUACAGCAACGAAUCACCGAGAAUGGAGGGGAUGUCGGUCUCCAUACCAUGAUUCGUUCCAUCUGUCCUUCGGAGGGUGGUGGCUACCUUGUCGAACUCGCUACGCCUCCCCACACCGACAGUCCAACCACCGUGCUGUGUCGCCGUAUCUUCAACUCAGGUGGUUUGCACGCAGAUAAAGUGAGCAACUUGUUGAUGCCUAAUCGAUACAAGUUGAAUUACGCUCGCGGUCAUUAUUAUGCCUACAGUUCUCCUUGCGACAUUCGUCACCUUAUCUAUCCUUGUCCUGAGAAACAUCUGGCAGGACUAGGCACGCAUUUGACUCUGGAUAUGGCUGGCCGAAUUAAAUUUGGCCCGGAUGUGCAAUGGGUUGAUGAUCCCUAUGACUACACCGUGCCAGAUGAUGCGGACAAAAAGCAACAGUUCGUUGAGGCUAUCAGCACCUUCCUUCCCUCAAUUCGUCGCGACAAACUGCAACCCGAUUACGCUGGCAUUCGGUAA